UUACACGUCCAUUCAGUCCGGCGUGACGCAGCUCUCGAUCCCUCUUCACCCUAUAUCAAUCACACAUAUUCAAUCGUAUCCUGACAUACAUCGUCGACCAUGCCUUCAUCCUCGAUGCCUGCGAUUUCCCCGGAGACGUGGAAACGCGUCCCCACGACCGCCGCUGCGAUCUUCAGCAUCACCAUGCCGUACCGCCCACCGAAAAACCCCGUCGGUGCGUUUUUCUGGCGCAAGCGCAUGCUGUUCGAGACGACGAUGGGGCUCGCGUUGCUUGAACGGUGGGAGAAGAUCCUGCUGAGUGAGUACAGUUCAGAUCCAUCGCUCUGCAUGUGGCAGUGUGAUUUACUGAUGCGACGCGGGGUAGUCAUCAUUCUAUACUCGAUGCUCAUACUCGUCGUCACUGGGCUGUAUAAGUACGCUCCCCAGUACGCUGUGUUCGUCAAGCAGCGCACGGCAUAUUAUAUUUAUGGUAACGAGCCGGAGGAGAACGUGGGUCGUGUGGCAGAUUGGGUCGUGCGCAACCUUACUGGGGAGUUAUGAGGUGUUUGCAGGUGCUGUUUAGGAGGCUUGUUGACAUGUUAUAGGUAAGGCUUGUCGCGUUUAGUGCUCUGCUGUCGACAAUGCUGACGCCUGAAGCAGCACAUCUCUACUUAAUGUAUAUGUAUGCCUAUGUGACAUGCC